AUGGGCGGAAACGCAAUCCCGUCAACGGAAGAGAACAUGGUCAUUUCAUCCAAGCCGCGCCGCAGACGACAAGACCCGUAUUUCUGGCAGCUCAUUGUUCUUCGCAUUCCCUUGGCCAUUUUCGCCGUAGCCAUCAUCGCCUAUUUGACUCACUACAUACGAAGAUGGCAGGGAGCAAUCCGCAGACCGGAAGAUGCUGACGAUCCGUACGUUACGAGAAAAGAUGCUGCGAGCCAGAGCGGCCUUGCUUUCGGUAUGGCAUCUGUGUCUCUUGCAGUCGCUGUGUGGGAGACGCUUGCCCGGCUCGUCCCGCGGUACCGAUUUGGGCCAAAGCCUCUCGGUCAUGGCACCAUAUUCUUCGACUUGCUCACUAUUGGCAUUGGUAUUCCCGGAUAUUCCAUUGUGUCAUGUGCAUCACGGGCUGUUCCGCCUGUUGCGGCUGUUGCUGCUGGGCCUCUACGACUCCGAAACAAGACGCCUGUGCAAACACAUCCAGAUCAAAGGCAGGACCUAGAGCAAGGAGAAGCUGUUGAACCUCUCCCAAAUUACAAGCAGUCCACUGGGCUUGAGGAGGUUGAGCCUUCUGCGAUCUCUGUGGAUCCUCCGAGCUAUCCAGAGGCUGUACGUCAGCCUUCGCACAUAAAGAUUUGA